AGCUCCUGGCAGCGGAGACACUGAGCCGGAUUCAUUCCUACAAGGACGAGCAGUAAACCCCAAAUUGAAGGCCGGCCCCGUACCCUGAUCCUCGGGCAAAGCUCGAAGUCUGAGCUAAGGAAAGACACAUAGACAGACUUCUGGAAAGAACAUUUUGAGUCAUCUAACGAGAGGCCCGGCAGCACAAGCGCAGGCCCCUUGCCCGGGGUUCUAACCUGAUUUCAUGUUCUGGUAGUUGAGUUCCUUUCCUUAUAUCCGCUUUGCGGUUCUACUGGGGCUGUCAUGGCCUCCAACACGGACAGGGAGAUGGUUCUGGCCGACUUCCAGGCAUGUACAGGCAUUGAAAAUAUUGAUGAAGCUAUAACAUUGCUAGAACAAAACAACUGGGAUUUAGUAGCUGCAAUAAAUGGUGUUAUACCACAGGAAAAUGGUAUAUUGCAGAGUGAAUACAGCAGUGAUUCCUUGCCAAACCAGGUAUCUAGUACUGCUGCCCAAACAGCUACCACGGCUGCUGCUUCUUCUUCUUCCCUGCCUUCAUCCUCCACGUCAGCUUUUCGUCCUGUGGUUCCGUCACGGCAGAUUGUUGAGCGGCUGUCACGAAUGCUAAACUUUAAAGUUGAGUACAGAGACAAAACAGCAGAUGUAGUUCUAGAAGACAGCUGCACUGUAGGAGACAUCAAACAGAUCCUAGAGAAUGAACUUCAAAUCCCUGUUUCUAAAAUGCUGUUAAAGGGUUGGAAAUCUGGUGAUGUGGAAGACCGUACUGUUUUGAGAAACCUUCGCUUGCCAAAAAAUAAUAACCUUUAUGUCCUCACCCCCGAGUUACAACCUCCUUCUCAUUCAAGCCAGUCUAGUGCUCAGCAGGAGUCAUUAAAUAAGAACUAUUUGCUGAUCAUCACACACCGUGAAGUCCAGAGGGAGUACAGCUUGCACUUCUCCGGGAGCUGUACUAUUCAGGAGGUAAAAAGAAAUGUAUAUGAUCUCACAAGCAUACCAGUACGUCACCAGUUGUGGGAAGGUUGGCCCCAAUCUGCACAAGAUGAUUCUAUUAUGUUGGCAUCUUCAGGAAUUGACUAUACAUGUCACCGCCUCACAGUGUCAAGAAGAACAUCCCCAGUCCAAACCAGAGAACAUUCAGAAGAGCAAAGCACGGAUAUCCAUAUGAUCAGUGACAGUGAUGGAGAUGACUUUGAGGAUGCAACUGAGUUUGGUGUGGAUGAUGGAGAGAUUUUCAGCAUGCCCGUAUCUUCUGCACUCAGAAAGUCCCCAAUGAUGCCUGAAAAUGCUGAAAAUGAAGCCGAUGCAUUGCUGCAGUUUACAGCAGAGUUCUCCUCCAGAUACGGUGACUGCCAUCCUGUGUUUUUCAUUGGGUCACUAGAAGCUUCAUUCCAGGAGGCCUUUUAUGGGAAAGCGAGAGAUAGGAAGCUCCUUGCUAUCUACCUCCACCAUGAUGAGAGUGUCCUCAGCAACGUCUUUUGUUCCCAGAUGCUCUGUGCAGAAUCUAUUGUCUCAUACCUGAGUCAGAACUUUAUCACUUGGGCCUGGGAUAUGACAAAAGAAGCUAACAGAGCCAGAUUUCUGACACUUUGCACCCGACAUUUUGGAAGUGUGGUAGCACAGACUGUUCGUGCACAAAACACAGAUCAGUUUCCACUUUUCCUCAUUAUAAUGGGCAAACGAUCAUCUAAUGAAGUACUGAAUGUCAUUCAAGGGAAUACAUCAGUGGAUGAACUAAUGAUGAGACUUAUCUCGGCAAUGGAAAUGUUUACUGCACAACAGCAGGAAGACAUAAAGGAUGAAGAUGAACGGGAAGCACGAGAAAAUGUGAAGCGAGAGCAGGAUGAAGCUUAUCGUUUAUCUUUAGAAGCCGACCGAGCAAAAAGAGAAGCUCAGGAGAGAGAAAUUGCUGAACAAUACCGUUUGGAACAAAUCCGAAAAGAACAGGAGGAAGAGAGAGAGGCAAUUCGGCUUUCUUUGGAACAGGCUUUGCCUCCAGAACCACUGGAAGAAAGUGAACCAUUAAGCAAGCUCCGUAUCAGAACCCCAAGUGGGAAGUUCCUUGAGAGGCGCUUCCUGGGAUCUAGCCCUCUGCAAGUUGUCCUUGACUUUGUAGCAUCCAAAGGGUAUCCCUGCCAUGAGUUCAAGCUUCUCAGCACAUUUCCUAGGAGAGAUAUAACACAAUUGGACCCUAACAGAUCACUCCUAGAUCUUAAGCUGUAUCCUCAGGAAACACUUUUUCUGGAAGCUAAGGAAUAAGACUGUGAGAGCAUCAGUUGAGGCUAUGAUUUUACUGGCACCACCCCUCUCGUCAUGUGCACCUGUACCAUCUGGAAGAAAGAGACCCUCCGCAAUUCUUAUUAUGUGGGUUAUCAGCCUGAAAAGGAGAUCAUCCCAAUAAGAACACUGAAUUUCACAUUACCAAUCAUCCAGCUUCUGAUCAAAUAAAUGCACUAUUACACCAAAGGGGUUAAAAGAGCAUUUUGUGUUUGUAGCUGGGGACAUUUCCCAUGGUGCCCUGUAUAAUGAUGUGGAGUAUCACAUUGGCUUAUAGCUUAAAGACAGGACAAAUAGCUUAAUGCACAGUUCACAAGACUGGUAUCCGACACCACAGAAAGUUACAGUAGAGGAUUGUGAUAAUUUUUAGAAAAUUUUUUGUAAGUGUCUGGUAACUUAGAGGGAAACUAUAAUAAAAAUGUAAUAUAAGCUUUAUCAUACUGAAACAAUCAAUUAAAAAUGUUGUACUGUUUCUGAAAUAAUAAAGUGUAUGUUCACUAUCCCUCUCUCAGCAUCUGUUUAUCUUCAUUCUGUUUUCAUGCAUCAGUUGGAUGUCAGAUUUUUAUUGAGAUAUCCAAUAUAGCAUAUAGGAGAGGCUUCCUUUCCUAGCAGAUGAAUUAGCGCUCACUCAAAUAACUGAUUCCAGGUCAAACAAAAUAACUGGCUUUGGCACCAAUUCUGCAUGUAGAGAGACAGGAUUUCUGCUGAUUUUAAUAGAGUGAGCUCUAACACAUUUUCAAGGCAAAAAAAGAGCCCCCCCAUAAGAUAUAUUGGUUUUUUCCCAAAUGAAUUAGCUAAUAGUGCUGCUCCUGCAGAAUUCUGCACUGAAAUCCAUUUCUCAAAAGAGCAAACAGAUUUUUUUAUAUUCAAUUUUGAAAUUUGACAUGGGGCUAGACAUAUUGUCAAAUUUCCCAGCUGCCCCAAGUCAUGUGACUUGUGCUCUGAUAAACUUCAAUCACUCUUUACUGCUGUACUGCAAGUUGGAGUGAUAUCACCCCCCUCACUUCCCCCCCACCCCCCCCAGCAGCCAAACAAAAGAACAAUGGGAAGGUAACCAGAUAACGGCUCCCUAACACAAGAUAACAGCUGCCUGGUAGAUCUAAGAACAACACUCAAUAGUAAAAACCCAUGUCCCACUGAGACACAUUCAGUUACAUUGAGAAGGAAAAACAGCAGCCUGCCUAAAGUGCAGGCACAAGUCACAUGACUUGGGUCAGCUGAGAAAUUGACAAAAUGUCUAGCCCCAUGUCAGAUUUCAAAAUUGAAUAUAAAAAAAUCUGCUCUUUUGAGAAAUGGAUUUCAGUGCAGAAUUCUGCUGGAGCAGCACUAUUAACUGAUGUGUUUUGAAAAAAACAUGUUUUCUGAUGACAGGAUCCCUUUAACUGUCAUUCAAAAUAAGACUCCCAACUCUCGCAUGAAGACAGAAUGAAGAAAAACAUUCUGAGAGAGAGGUAUAUUUGAGAUUAACUCAAAUAUCUUAGAAAUAGUUCCGAAUUUUUAAUUGAUUAUAUUUAGAAAAUCUCUUAUUUCAGUAUCAUGAAGCUUGUAUUACAUUUUCAUUUUCACGAUAGUUCCCCCUUUAAGAAAGAGAGAUCAUCUUAAGGUCUGUAAUUUAUUUGGUAGUCUAGCUAUAAAAAGAAUGCAUUAUCCAUUCCCUGUUCAUCAGGGCAGUCUUAUCCCACUAUUCCUUGUCCUGGCAGUCUCACAAAUAGCAAUAUAUUUUAUACAAUGGAGAAAACUAACAAAUAAGCCUCUUACGAUCGAGCAGUUGGGCAAACGUUGCCACCAUUAACAAAUAGGGCCUUCGGAUACUCCACAUCAGUAUAACUUGGCAGUUUCUUUUCUGGAGAUUGAUUAAACUCCUUAGAUGCCAAAGGGGCCCUCACCCCAUCACCAGGACUGGUGGCAAGGCAGGAAAGCUGUAAAUCAGGGAUGUCCAAAUUGCAACUCUCUUGAUGAACUGCACAUUUCAGCACCAACUGUCAGCUUUAAGCUGUUAGUGAUCACUGAAAUUGUAUAAGGGUAGAACUAAAUGGACGUUUUCGGUGCAAUGCGGAAAAACACAUGCAACGGAAAUAAGGUAAGAGAUAGAAAUGUCGGAUGAAGUCGCAGCAACCAAAACGUCCGUGUAGUCUUACCCUAAGAGGGCCACAGAUUGGACAUCACUGAAAUACCUACUGAAAAUCUUGGUUGCUACACAAUGUCAUUUAUGCUUGUUUUAUCAUCAUGUAGAGAGACCCAUUGGUACUGUGGGCCCAGGGCACAUGCUUUUCUGUCCUACACUAAAACCAGGCCUGCCAUCAUUUUACGUUUGUGCCAAUUUGCUGCAAAAUGUGUGUAAGUUCCCAGUGUACCAGGCUCUUGCAAUUUUGCCCUAAUUCAUGGGAACCUUUCACACACACACACACACAUAUAUAUAUAUAUAUAUAUAUAUAUAAUUGGGCUUUUUACAGUGCUCUGCAAAAAGCACUCUACACAAAAUCAACUAGUAAACAAAGGCCAAGGAACACAAAGUCCACUCUCCACAUAAUACAUAUUUUAAUGGCAGCAGUGUUGUACAAUAUUUAGCUUAAAAUUCUGCUUCCAAACUUGACUGCAUAUCAAAGAGACCCCCAAACAAUUAGCAUGGUUAUAUUAAGCUAUAUACAGUUCUGACUUACUUGCUCUUUGUAUAACUCCAUUGAUUCUAUUGGAUUAAGGCGUGCCCCUUCAGUGGUCUUUGUGCAUGUGACAUACACGCGUACAGACAGCAGUACUUCUUCAUUCGGAAGUACAUUCAUUUUACCUUAACAGCCUAUAAAUGGUUCCUGUUGAAACAUGUCAAUUUCAAAGCAUAAUAAUAUUUCCAAAUAAAGAAGAGCUGGUUUUUUUGUACUGCACACCAACUAUAAAAGAAUUAUUGAAGUACUGUGAGUCCUACUGGUUUUUAAAGCACCAAGCCUAUAUUAUAGCUGGAAACCAUUGCUGCAGUUUUGUUGAAAUGUAUGUAUAUUUUUUUCUGAAAAAUUGCUGGUUUCAAUGUGUGCCUACAUUUUUCACCUAAUUUAUAGUCAAAAAUGUUGGAUUGUUAGGAUGUUCCAUGCGCCUGAGAAUUUACAGUAUUACAAAGAAACUCUAGAUGACCUGCUAACAUGUGAGGCAUUGUUUGAAGAAAAUACUUUGGUAGAAAUGACAAUUUAUUUAUUUCUGAUUGCAAGUUCUUUUUCCUUCUUUUUUUGUUUGUUUGUUAAUGGGGGCGAGGGGGGGGGCUACAUUAUUUUACAGUGUGUGCCUCUUACUUAUAUGCUUGAUGUGAGUAUUUAUCUCUGAAUAAAGGACAGACCAACACAA